AUGGAAUCCAAGACGCGAUGCAAGAUCAUCAUUGCUGGAGGAGGCGUCCACGGGUUGACACUGGCAAACAUGCUGGAGCAGCUCGACAUUGAUUACGUUCUCCUUGAAGCACGGGAUCAUCCCACACCCGCUGCUGGUUUCGGCAUAGGUAUAGUUCCCAAUGGACUGCGCAUUCUCGACCAGCUCGGACUGUACGAGGGUGUCAAGGCCAUCCCUCGAGCAUGGUUAGGCCGGACUUCCCUCCAUGACUCCGACGGCACUGAAAUCACCUCGGUCGGAGAUUUGGCUCAGCAUUAUAAAAGGAGGUUCGGAUACCCUGUAUUUUUCUUCGAUCGACACUGGCUGCUAGAGCUUCUCUACAACAACCUCAAGCACAAGGACAAAGUUCUCGUCAAUAAGGCUGUCCGUCAUGUCAGUCUCAUCUCCGGAGGUAUCGAGGUCGAGACUUCGGAUGGCCAAGUUUACACCGGAACCUUGCUCGUCGGGGCAGAUGGAGUGCACAGUCGCGUUAGGGAGGAGAUGCACCGUCUGGCUGAGGAUACAGAGCCUGGCUAUUUCUCGCAGCACGACAACCCGGAGAGACUAUCCAGUUGCUCAUACGCCUGUAGUUUUGGUAUUUCUCAAAAUGUUGACCAUCUUCGCAACGAUGGCAUCAUCGCGGUGGUCGGCACUCACUGGACGCAGCUGCAUGUCCCAGGCCCGGAUAAAAAAGACUAUUUCUUCUUCUUUAUUCGGCUCCCCAAGACGCUUUACGGAAGUGAUAUCAAGAAGUAUACUAAGAAAGAUGAGGAGGAGGUUUUUGAAAAAUAUUCAAAGCUUCCAGUCUGUGAACACGUUGUCUUGGGCGAUGUCUUCUCGAAGAGGCUCAACUCCACGCUGACGCCUCUUCACGAAUAUGUUCGUGAGAAGUGGUUUUUCGAUCGGAUAAUUGUUCUUGGUGAUGCAUGCCAUAAAAUCCGCGCGUUUGUGGGCGAGGCUGACAGCUCGACGCAGAACAAUCCAAUUACAGCCCAAGGCGGCAACAACGCAAUUGAAUCAGCGGCGGAGUUCAUAAAUGGCCUCGUAAAAGUAAGAGACUCUCGGCCAGAUGGCCUGGAUGAACUCAGCGAUGGCGAUAUCGAGACCAUCUUCCAGUACGCCCAAUCAGCAAGGCGUGGCCGGGCCAACGAUACCACAAACAGUGCCCAUAUUGGGCAGGCUUUGGUUGCCACGGAGUUUUCCCCGGCGACUUUACUUCUACGCAAAUGGGUGGCUCCUGUUGUCUCUGACGAGUUGAUCCUCAACUUCUUUAGUAUUGUGGUCCCCGGAGCUGCAAGACUUCACCAUUUGCCUGUGCCGAAGUAUCGCCAUGCGAUUCCUUAUGACGAUGAAGUUCCAGGAAAGCCUUUCAGCAGGCGAACUUUCCUUUCGGGGUUCCUCCUAUUCGCAGGUAUCAUGAUGCUUUUGAUCUGGAACUCGCCUGGUGCCUGGCCUAUCGUGUCUGAUCCUCAGUCCUGGGUUGGCCAGACCGCAGUAUCGCUAGUAUCUGCCUUAAUCGUGCCAAUCCCGGGACACGACUUAGCUUCUGGAGUCCAUUUGGUUUACUUCUCAGCACAGUUUAUCUCGCCUAUUCUGAUUUACACGAUCGAGGGCUACCGUUUAGGGCACCGGGCUACCUUCAUCAGCCUGCCGUUUGUUAUUCUGGCCGCGACCCAAAUCUGGGGAAUCUGGUUCACCAUCCCAGUCUACGCCAUCCUUCAUGGUUUGCAAUGCCACUGGUACUGCACUGGAAGGUUUAUCAAACCCGAGGUUGCCAAGUCCCUGGUCCCUUCUCUGAUUCUCGGUUACAUUGUACCAACUAUUCUGAUGUUCACUCUGGAUGACGGCAUAGCUCCGCAAGCCUUGGCCGCUUUUUGGCAAGUCGGACCUCCUCUGGUGCCCAUUUUGACUCGCUUGAUUUCUUCCUUGAUCCUAUGGCAUAUCCGCUCCGGCUGUUCUGAGGAGGCGAAGACGGAGAAGGAGAAGGAUGACGAAUAUGAGCGGUACAGUGACGAAGAUGUCCCAUAUCUCAACAUCGCGUAUGCAUUUACUUUUGCCAUCCAAGCAAUAGUUCACGCCACUGUCUGCGCUUUCGUCUUGACACGCCCCGAGUUCAACUUUAGCAGCAUCUUCUUCAGCACUUCUAACUUAAUUUCCAACAAUGGAUACACCACGGAGGCAACUACACUAUUCCUCGGGCAUGCCAUGGGUAUAUCUGCUUUUGCUGUCUUUCUUCAUUGUAUGUAUGCGAUCUGGAUUUUGCGAGCGCGAGGCUAUGUGGUGACGAGGGAAGCCGUCGAGGCUGUGAUGCUCGUAACUCUUGGCCAGGUCCUCGUUGGCCCUGGAGCUACCUGGACGGGGCUUUGGUGCUGGAGAGAAUCUGUAUUUGCUGGCCUCAACUCGAAAUGA